AUGAGCAUGCUCACCGCCCUGCUUCUCCCGGCCGCCUCCUACGUCCUUCAGCGCGCAGGCCCGCCGCUCCUGCGGUCCCCCCCCGUCCGGGGUUUUGCGGCGGCGCGCGGUGCUCGGCCGGCGAUGGCCGAGGCUGCAGAGGAGAAGCGGGCGACAGCCGACGUCAUUCCGGGGAUGGUGGCGAUGGAGGCGUCUCCGGCCACCGUGCGCGCGCCCGGCUGCCCGUCGUGCGAGGUGGAGUGGGUCGCCAAGUCCAAGGACGUCGAGGGGACCGAGGCGGAGCGGCUGGCGGCGCUACGCGGCUCCGACAUGGCGGCCUACAUCGGUGAGAUCUGGGAGUACGGGCAGCACAUGAACGACACGCAGCGGCAGGAGCUGGCGCUGACGCCCGACAUGGAGUGCCGCCGCUUCGUCAUCGACGCCUCCACGCCGCCGACGCCGCUGAUGGAGGCGGUCUACAACGCGACGAUGGUGCGCGUGCCGUACGAGCAGGCCUGCUACGUCUGCGGGCCGGAGCAGGCGAUGCUGCUGCGCACGCUGGUGGCGAUCGCGCGGCCGCGGCAGGCGCUCGACAUCGGCUGCUUCACCGGCUACGCCUCCUCCGCCAUCGUCGACGCGCUGCCUCGCUCCGCGCAGCUGACUUGCCUCGAGGUUGAGCCGACAUGGACCGGGCUCGCGUCAGAGCUGCUCGAGGGGAGGGCGGCGAGCUUCGAGACGGGGCCGGCGAUCGAGACGCUGCGCCGGUUCGAGGAGGAGGGCCGCCGCUUCGACUUCGUCUCGCUCGACGCCGACAAGCCGAUGCACGGGGAGUACUACAACGCGUCGCUGCGCCUGCUGCGGCCUGGCGGCGUGCUGGUCAUGUUCGGCAUGCUUCUCUUCCCGACGGUGGAGGACCAGCAGGCGAUGGAGGCGCUGCACGAGGUGCUGCCAAACGACACGCGCGUCUCGACGGCGCAGCUGCCCGUCGGGUGCGGCAUCCAGCUGAUCGUCAAGACGGAGGAGGUGGACCCCGCCGCCCCGCCACUGCACUACGCCUCGCAGCGGGCCGACGGGUUCGAGCUCGAGCUCGAGCUCGCCGCCAUCGACCGCCUCGUCCAGGCCGACGGCGUGCCGCUCGGAGGCGCCGCCGCCACCGGCCCCGGCACAGAGGCGCUCUCCUCGGCUGGUCUCGUCGCGCUCGCCGCGGCGCGCCGCCAGGCCGCCGAGCCGCCCGCCGAGGAGGCGCAGCCGUGA